CCUGGCCUCAGCUACUUUGUGAGUGAUCCAGGAAUGGAUGCCUUUGGAGGAGCCCCCCGAUUUCUUGCCUACCCUCGCACUUUCACAGUACAAAGUGGUACCAAUGCAAUCCUGAAAUGGCAGGUGGCUGGUGAACCACGCCCCAGCGUUGCCUGGGAGAAGGAUGGCUCUCUGCUGGAGUUGCCCUCAGGUCGGAUGUUUGUGAAGACUGAUGGAGAUGCAUACAGCCUCCUGGUUUCUCAGGCUGGCCCAGCGGACAGUGGACGCUAUGUGUGCAAAGCCAAAAACACUGUGGGUGAAACCUAUGCCGCUGCUACCCUCAAAGUGGAGACAGCAGAACUGAAACCCACAGGAGAUCAAGACACCCAACCUCCAAUCUUUCUGAACAGGCCAGUCUCAGCACGGGUAACCCGAGGAGAGGAUGUGACAUUUGCUUGCAGGGUCUCAGCCGGGCAGCUUGAGUGGGAAAAGGAUGGCCGUAAACUGACAGAUAUCUUUGAGAGCAGCCAUUACAAAGUGAGUGCGGAGCCUGGCGACUGGCACUCCCUGUACAUCUACAACACCCGUCUCCCAGAUGCAGGGGUCUAUGUAUGCCGGGCACUGAACAGUUUUGGAGAGGCUGUGGCUGCAGCAGCGCUCCUGGUAGACUCUGCACUGUGUGUGCCUCAUAAUGGCAUAUUUCAGAAUGCAUCCCAAAACUGUCAUUUCAAGAAGCAGCCAGAGGUACAUGAUGAUAAGCAGCAGAGACAUCGCCCUGGGCAGAACGUGAUACCAGAAGCCAGGCAGAAUGGAGAGGUGUUCCCAAGCCUACCCGCUGCAAAGGCUUUUACUGUGAACGAAGGGAAACAUGCAAAGUUUCGAUGCUAUGUAACUGGCAAGCCCAAGCCAGAGAUAGUCUGGCAGAAGGAUGGGAAGGUGCUGUCCCCUGGAAGGAGGCAUCUGCUCUAUGAAGACAGGGAAGGCUACUUUAUCCUCAAGGUGCUUUACUGCACAGCACAGGACUGUGGGCUCUAUGUGUGCACAGCCUGCAAUACGGCUGGCCAUACACUAAGCGCAGUGCGUCUUCAUGUCAAAGAACCUCGGCUGCGGUUCCAGAUGUCUUUGCUGGAUGUGGAAGUGCUGGAACGCCAGGAUGCAGUGUUAGAGUGUCAGGUACCUCUAGAGACCAUCCCUACAGUGUGGUAUCUUGAAGACAAGCGCCUGCAGCCCAGUCCCAAAUACCUGAUGGAAGAGCAAGGCUUGCUACGGCGGCUGACUGUGCGGGAUGCUCGGGCUGAUGAUGAUGGCAUCUACUUAUGUGAGAUGGCAGGCAAAGGUCGCAGUGUUGCGGAACUCUCAGUUCAUGGCAUGAUUGUAAAGCGUCUGCCACGGAAGCUGGAUGUGAUGGAAGGGGAGAAUGCUGCCUUCUGUGUGGAGACACGGGAACUUGCGGAGGCGUCAAGUUGGGGACGGAAUGGGCAGGAACUCGUGGAGGCACCACACACCCUGAUUAGGAGCUUCGGUAAAACCCAUCUGUUGGUCUUGGUACAAGUGACACGGCAUGAUGCAGGCGUCAUCACUUUCACAGUGGGCGAGUCACAGACUUCGUCUCAGCUCCGUGUCAAAUGUGCCAAGAGGAUCCCCCCAAGUGCCCCUGUGGCAGCCAGGAUGUGUAUGGCCCAUAGUAAUGCUGCUCUUCUGACUUGGUGUCCACCACCUGAUGCUCACCGCAGCCCACCAAGCAGCUACAUCCUGGAACGGCAAGCGGUCGGAGAUGCUGAGUGGGUGCAUUGCCUCACCACGGACGUUGCCAGCACAGUUGAAGUUCCAGGUGAUGGCGUGCCUCAGGAGGCUGACUACUGCUUUCGCGUGUGUUCUGCCAAUCAAUAUGGGUGCAGCGGGCACGUGGAAUUUCCUGGCUCUGUGCAUCUUGUUCCCAGGGUUCGUGUGCAAAGAGGACUACAAGAUGUUUGGGUUCACGUUGGCGAGGAUGCUGUUUUCUCAGCGCAGCUCUCAGCUGCUGUAAGUGGGAGCUGGUUCUUGAAUGGGAAAAGGUUGGAGGAAGAAGACCAGCAGUGCCAGAUCACCCAAAGUGGGGUGGAUCACACCAUGCGGAUCAACAAUGUGCAGUUAGCGGCCAUGGAGUCCAAGGUGCGAUUUGAGGCCACUGGGGUCAAGGAAUGUGCUGUAUUGCAUGUACAAGCUCCCCAAGUACGCAUCACCCCAGUGCCAGAGGCCAGACGACAUCAAAAACUUUUGGCUGGGAUGCCACUGGUCCUAGAAUGCGAAGUCUCUAUACCUGAUGCUACCAUUUGCUGGCUCAAAGAUAGAAGACCUGUGGCCUCGGAUGACAGUGCACUUGCUGUCCAGUCAGAAGGCAACAUUCACAGACUGCUAAUUCCUUCAGUCUGCGCUUUAGAUUCUGGGACUUACACAUGUGAUGCAGGGGAUGAUGCUAUCAGCUUCACUGUGACUGUGGAUGAACCUCCCGUGAGAGCUGUGCAGUCCAAUGCCAAGGAGGCCCAUGCCUACCAGGUUGCAGAGCCUGUAGUGCUGGCCUGUGAACUGUGCCGCCCUGAUGUUCCUGUGCACUGGUACAAGGAUGGGAAGGUCGUGGAAGAAAGUGAGGCUCUUCUACUGGAAAGUGAGGGGCCUCACCGUCGCUUGGUUAUUCCCUCUGCACAAGUGGGAGAUGCAGGAGAGUUUGUGUGCGACAUGGGUGAAGAUUCUGUCUUCUUCAACAUCACUGUCACAGAACCUCCCGUGAGGGUUGUGCGUUCCAAUGCUGAGGAGGCCCAUGCCUACCAGGCUGAAGAUCGUGUGCAGCUGGCCUGUGAACUGUCCCGCCCUGAUGCUCCCGUGUGCUGGUACAAAGAUGGGGAGGAGGUGGAAGAAAGUGAGGCCCUCUUGCUGGAGAGUGAAGGUCCCCAUCGCCAGCUGAUAAUUCCCUCAGCACAAGUGCAUGAUGCGGGGGAGUUUGUGUGUGAUGCUGGUGGAGAUUCUGCCUUCUUCAACAUCACUAUCACUGAGGCACCUGUGCAAAUUGUGCACUCCAAUGCAGACGUGGCCCAUAUUUAUCAAACCUCAGAACACGUGGUUUUGGCCUGUGUGCUUUCCCGCCCCAAUGUUCCUGUCCACUGGUACAAAGAUGGGGAAGAGGUGGAAGAGGGGGAACGCUUGCAGCUGAAGAGUGAAGGAACUCACCAACAGCUCAUCCUUAGCUCAGCACAGGUGGAAGACACAGGCGAAUUCGUAUGCGAUGCAGGCGGUGACUCUGCCUUCUUCAGUGUUACUGUUGCAGCUCCUAAGGUACAUAUCACUCCUUUGUCAGAGGCCCAGUGCCUUCGUAAAGUCCUAGCUGGGAUGCCUCUCCUCCUGGAAUGUGAGGUCUCUGCCUCUGAUGUUCCUGUCCAGUGGUUCAAAGAUGGAGAUCCUGUGCCCUUGAAUGAUGACAACCUCACUGUCCAAUCAGAGGGCUGUAUUCGUCAGCUGUUAAUCCAUUCUGCUUGCCCAUUGGACUCAGGGACAUACACAUGCAACACAGCUGAUGACUCCAUAGACUUCACUGUGACAGUGGAUGAACUGCCUGUUCGUGUUGUGCGCUCCAAUGCGGAUGCAGCUCACGUGUACCAGGUUUCACAACGUGUGGUGCUGGCCUGUGAGCUAUCCAGCAUAGAUGCUCUUGUUCACUGGUAUAAGGAUGGUGAAGAGGUAGAGGAGAAAGAUGGCUUCCUGUUGGAGAGUGAAGGGCCCCAACGCCGUCUGGUCAUGGUUGCUGCUCAGGUUCAGGACACAGGAGAGUUUGUGUGCGAUGCUGGUGGUGAUUCUGUCUUCUUCAAUGUUCUUGUUGCUGAGCCCCCCGUGUGGAUUUUGCAGCCAGUGGAGCGUUCGCUGGAGAAACAAGUGUGGGCGCUCGAACGCCUGGAACUGAGUUGUGAGGUGUCCGUGCCUGAUGCUCCUGUGCGCUGGUUCAAGGAUGGCCUGGAGGUGGAUGAAACACACAACCUCUUGCUGCAGACAGAGGGUGCUAAGCGCCUCCUUGUUGUCCUGCAGGCCAGAGCUGAAGAUGCUGGAGAAUACAUCUGCGAAACCAAGGAUGACUCCGUCUCCUUCGAUGUCAGAGUUUCAGGGCCCCCUGUGAAGAUCGUGUGGCCCCGCAGGUCUCCUUCUGUCCUGAAGGUCUCAACGGGGGAGACAGUGACUCUGGCCUGUGUGCUCUCUCAUGGGAAUGCGCCUGUCUGCUGGGUUAAGGACAGUGUCACGCUAGAGGCCAACAGCGGCCUUGUCCUGGAGGAGGAGGGUAACCAGCGGUGUCUGGUCAUCCCUGCAGCUGGCCCAGAGCAUUCUGGGAAAUACAUCUGCAACGCUGUUGAUGACACCAUGACCUUCACCAUCCAGGUGUCUGACCCCCCGGUACGGAUAGUGGGGCGUGAUGAGUUGCAAACUCAUCACCGCUGCUUGGCUUCAGAGGAUCUGGUACUCUCGGUGACAUUGUCUUGCCCUAAAGGGGAGGUGAAGUGGUACAAGGAUGGGGAGAAACUGCAGGACACAGACCGUGUGCGAUUGGAGCAGGAUGGGGCACACCAUUCGCUGGUGAUCCUGGGAGCAGAACGCUGUGAUGCAGGGGAGUAUCUGUGUGACAGUGGUGACGACAGCCUCAUUUUCUACGUCAAAGUAGAGGAGCCCCCCAUCUCCAUUGUGGGAAAUACAGGGGUGCCAGAAUACCACUCCUUGACAGCUGGAGAUGCUCUGGUGUUGGCUUGCCAAGUGUCUUUGCCUAGCGCUGCUGUACACUGGAUGCGGAAUGGAGAGGAGCUUGUACCCAGCAGACGUCUUCAUAUCGAAGCUCAUGGAACAUACCGGCAACUCACCAUUGUUGGAACCAAACCAGAAGACUCAGGUUCCUACGUCUGUGAUGCAGGCACUGACCGGAUGGUGUCCACAGUGGAAGUUGCAGCACCCCCUGUGCGCAUUGUGAAUAAAAAUGAUGCCCAGGUGCCUUUAGAAGUACAGGAAGGAGAGAACGUGACGCUGGUGGCCCGGCUCUCACAAGAGAAGUCUCAGGUCCAUUGGCUGAAGAACAUGCGCCCAAUUUAUCCUGGACCACAAGUAAUAAUUAGUAAUAACGGAUUGGUGCGCAGCCUCACCAUCAGGCAAGCUGAGCCAGGCGACAGUGGCAUCUUCAGCUGUGAUACUGGAGAUGAUGAAGUGCAUUUCACAGUGUGCGUGCGAGAGGCCCAGGUACUGUUUGUGCCGAAACUAGAACAUCCAGAGAAGGUACUGGUGCUGGAGGGGAGCAGUGCAGUGCUCUCGGCAAUUGUCUCCAAGGAGCUGGCUGUGGUAACCUGGGAGGGCCCUCGAGGUGCCUUGGUGGCAGGAGAACACUGCCAGCUACGCAGAGAAGGGCGUGUGCACAGUCUCCUGCUUAGCAAUGUGAGCAAGGCUGAUGCUGGCGAGUACCUGUGCCAUUCCCAUCAUGACCAGAUGCGUUUUGAGCUUAGUGUCAAAGAACUGCCGGUGAAGUUUGUCCGGGGUCUCUCAGAUGUACCAGCGCUGCAGGGGGACACAGUGCUGUUUUGGUGUGAAUUGUGCAAAACCAAGGGUGAUGUAUUGUGGCUGAAGGAUGGCCAAGAGCUGGAACCAAAUGAGCGCCGGGAGAUUCGAUCAGAGGGCCGAGAGCGUUCUUUGACCCUGAGCCAUGUGAGGCCCGAGGAUGCUGGCGAGUACUCCUGUGAGACCAAGGAUGACCGCACCCUGGCUGUCCUCACAGUACAGAUCCCCAGGUUCGUGGAGAUCAUUUCUGAGCUGCACAACUUAACAGUGUUGGAGGGGGAUGAUGCUACCUUCAAAGUCGUGAUGUCUCCUGACAAUGUGGCCCCGAAGUGGCAGUUGAAUGGCCAAGAGGUGGUAUCCAGUGAACGGUUUACCACAACGAGAAAUGGGUUGUGCCAUACCCUCACAAUACGACAGUGUCGGCUCAGCGACAGUGGCACUGUAACUGUCAGUGCAGAAGGCCUGGUGAGCACAGCUAGGCUGAGUGUACAAGAGGCUCAGGUGCUGUUUGUGCAGACACUGCAUGACUUGGUGGUUGAGGAGGGUCAGGACAUGCACUUGGAGGUGAAGCUGAGCUUGGAGAAUGCUGAGGUGCAGUGGAUGAAGCAGGGCAUCCUGCUCCAGCCAUCUGUCAAAUACUCCAUGGAGGCACAUGGGCAUCAGCGAGCCCUCACCAUUCACAACGUUGAACUUUCCGACCGAGGCACCUACCGUUGUGAGAGCCUGCAUGACCGCACCCAAGCCAAGCUGAGUGUUGAACCCCGAAGAGUGACAGUGAGGAAACCACUACUGGAUGUGGAGACUGUUGAAAAGGAAACUGUGACAUUUGAGCUGGAGCUGUCACAUGCCAAUGUGCCUGGGAUAUGGACACGGGAUGGCAUCCGCAUGAAGCCUAGCUCCACCUGCCGAGUGAGCGCUACUGGCUGCGUGCACAGCCUGACACUGAUGGGGCUCACCCUAGAUGAUUCGGGUACUGUGGCCUUCACUGCUGACACUGUGCGGAGCAGUGCCCGUCUUCUGGUCCGAGAGCCACCAGUCACUAUGCUGCGCUUCCCCCAGGAUAUGAGCAUUCCUGAGACAGGCUUGGCCACCUUUGAGUGUGAGCUGUCCAGGCCUCUGGCUGAGGUGAAGUGGUACAAGGAUGGGGAGGAGAUACAGAUAGGACCCAACUGUCGCAUGUACUCAGUGGGUCGCAGACGCCUCUUGCAGCUUAGCCAUUGCAGCCUUGAGGAUGCAGGCGAGUACAUGUGUGACGCUGGCGACUGCCAUGCUUCAGCCAGACUGCGUGUUUUUGAACGUCAGGUUCAGAUUGUGCGGGAGCUGGAAGAUGUGCGUGUUCGGGAGAACGAAAAUGCUGUCUUCAUGUGUGAAGUGUCACUUGAAGAAGUGAAAGGUGAAUGGUUCCUGGAUGGGGAGAGAAUCAAAGUAACCAGCACAGUGAAAAUAAGGCAGGAAGGGACACGACACUUUCUGCUUCUGUGCUGCGUCCGUCCUGAAGAUGCAGGGCAAAUCCGAUUUGUGGCCAAGGCAGCCACUUCGGAAGCCUGCCUGGAAGUGGAGGCAUUGCCCAUCCGCAUUGUAAAGCCACUGCGGGACAAGACUGUGUUAGCGCGGCAUAAAGCUACACUGGAAUGUACCGUGUCUCAGUCUCGUGGGCGAGUGCGCUGGUUUCGCGGUGACACAGAGAUAUUUGCUGGCCAGAAAUAUGAAAUCUGCAACUUGGAUUGUUACCGAACUCUUGUCAUCCACUGCGUUGAGCCCGCGGAUGAAGGCCUGUAUACUUGCGAUGCACUGGAUGAUCGCUCCACAGCACAUCUCCUGGUGGAGGCUGAAGGGAUCCAGGUGGUGCGGGCCCUGCGCAACGUGGAAGUGGUGGCUCCUUCAGAAGCACACUUUGAAUGUGAAAUAUCGGGUCCAGGGUCAUGCACCCCCCAGUGGAGCCUCAAUGGGGAAGAGUUACGACCUAGUUCACAAGUGCAAAUGGAGAGUGUGGGAUACAUACAUAGGUUAAGGCUGUGCCGGACCACUCCUGGCAUGAGUGGGAUGGUGAAGGUUACUGUUGGCAGCGCCCGCUCCAAGGCCCGGCUCACAGUUCGAGAGUGCUAGCUUUGGGAACGGCCCGCUUUCAGGAGAGUUGUAUGUGGAUAUAGAAAGGUCAUGGCUGCCAGGAGAAUGUGGAGAUGGCAAGUUUAAUGGUUGCGUGGACAAACAGAAGAAUGGACACACAGACAAUUCCUUUUACUGUCUCUCUGUUCUGCAUGCCAAGGGAAACAGGUUCUGCUUUAUUAAAUGUUCAAUUCCUGA